GUAGGUCUAAGUGGUGAGGAGUGGGACGUUGUCGUGCACCUGACGCCACAAUGGACGACUAUACGAUGUAUGGGUUGCUGGUUGGGUUCUCUCUCUGGGGGACCCUCUGGCGUCUCCUCUUUCCUCUGGGUUUCUGGCCCACUUUCACGUGUAGAGUAGGGCCCACUCGUGGUGGUACUUCCACCAACCCUUACACRAAGGAGGAGGAGGAGAAGAUGGYCGCCAUUCUGCAGGAGAGGAAGGAGAAGAAAGAGGCCAAGAAGAAAGCCUUGAAGGAGGAGCAGGCGGCCAAAUUGAAGAAGAUAGAAGAAGAGAUGGCUAGAGAGAAGGAGAGGAUACAGAAAGAGGAGGAAGCAAAGUUGAAGGAGGUGGAAGAAGAAGAGGAAGAAGAUGAUCAGCCACUGGAGAGGAGAAGAGAACAGCGAGGGCAGUAUAGUGGUAGCAAAGAUGAUGAGAUGGAGAAGCGAAUCUCAGAGUGGGUCGCCAACUUGUCCCUGGGAGAAGAAGAAGCGGUAGCCAUGUAUAUCCCCAAGGACGAGCAGGAAGCCGCUAUGAAGGAGUGGGAAGCAGAAAGGGAUGUUGUGAGGCGGCAGGCAAUGGAGGAUGAAACGAGGAUGGAGUGGAAGCUGAGAGUGAUGAGGGAAAAGAAGAAGAAAGUGGACGCGGCGAUUGACGCGGUAGACCUUGAGAAAAAGGUAGAACUCAUUGCCCAGACUGUCGAGUGCUUAGCCCGGAUACAAGAACAACAGUGCGAUUUUAGUCGAAGCCAGGACAUGGCCUUGCGCUCCAUACGAAUGGGGUUUCGAGACUUUGCUCGCGAAUUGGUAGGCGCAAUAGGAUCCGAGGUGCAUCAUCGCCUCGAGAAGACUGAACGAUUUUGCGCUGGCGCCAUUGAGAGCGUCAAGGCUGCAGCUCCCAAGGAGGAGGAACCACGCCUGCUGCGUAGAGAGCAAGUCAAGGUCAAAUUCCCUGAUUCCUACAGUGGGAAGAGGGAAGAGAACUUUGAUAACUGGGAGGCCAACGUUAAGACCUACGUGCAUUUGCAACAGGUCUCCCAGGAUCAGCAAGUUCUAAUUGCGAUCCACGCACUUAGAGAUGAGGCCGCCAGUUUCGCAAGAUCCCUUGUUCGCGCUGCCAACUACAGUGACGAUCCAGUUGCCUAUUCGGCAUUUACUUCCCUCACUGAGUUCAUGAGAUUGCUGCGCGAGCGAUUUGCAGAUGUUGCUCGAAGUGUCGAAGCAUCAGAUAGGCUGCAGACGAUCCACGCCCGCAAGUGGAAGAAUGCCAGGGCACUCAAGAGCACGAUGGAUGAAUUAAUCGCUGUUCCUGACCAUGGGGUCACAGACACCCAAUUGGUCGGCCUUUUCUACCGGGCUAUCCCCGAAGCCUUGCGAGGGCACUUCUUCGGGAAGAGCGAAGAUCCGGCCACUACGUAUGAUUCUCUUAGUCGUGAAGUGGUGGCCUUUGAAGCCAAGUCAGCAUCUGUGUCUACCUUCUGGCACAAAGACUUGGACAAGGGAAAGCAAUGGAAGGGCCACACUAUCUCUGGGCAAGUGAAGACUAAGAAUAGCCUUGUCCUAACUCUAGACGAGGGUAGUGUGGAUGAGAUCCCCUACGACCAGAUUGAGUGGGAGUUAGAGGAGGUAACAGCGGUGUGGGCCAGGGGAGGACUUAUGCUGCUGUCGUGGCUGGAGGGAGGCUGCAAGGAGGACGAGGCCAGGGCCAAGGGGGCCGGGCCUCAGGGAACCGGUUUCAGGGCGAUCAGGGGGUUGGCGGCCGAGGAGGAAACCGCCAAGCGGGAGGCAGGGGUCAAGGUCCCCCGCAAAACCGUCCUAGGAACAGGUCUCCCUAUAGGUUCGUCUCCUUUUGGAGCCCCUGUUCUCUUUGUCCCCAAGAAAGAGGGAGAGUUGAGGAUGUGUAUAGACUAUAGGGGUCUGAAUGCCAUUACUGUGAAGUAUGUUGAGUCACUGCCUAGGAUAGACGAUCUCUUAGAUCGAGUGCAGGGGGCGAGGUAUUUCUCCAAGAUAGAUUUGAAGUCCGGAUAUCAUCAGAUAGAGGUGCAUCCUGAUGAUCAGUAUAAGACGGCCUUCCGAACUAGAUAUGGGCACUACGAGUUCAUGGUGAUGCCCUUUGGACUAACCAAUGCGCCAGCUACGUUCCAGCGCUGCAUGAACGAUUUGUUUAGGCUGUGGUUAGACAGGUUUGUUGUAGUGUACCUAGAUGACAUCCUAGUGUUUAGCCGGACCCUUGAAGAGCAUCAGGGUCAUCUCAUGCAGGUCUUGGAGAAGCUGAGGGAAGCUAACUUCAAGAUCAAUGCAAAGAAGUGCGAUUGGGCAAAGACCCAAGUUUUGUACCUAGGCCACGUCUUAGACGGAGACGGCAUUAAGCCAGAGGAUAGCAAGAUCGCAGCGAUUAGAGAUUGGCCCACGCCACGUACGCUGACAGAGUUGCGCUCGUUCCUGGGCUUAGCUAAUUACUACCGGAAGUUCCAAGACGAUGGCAAUGGGUAUAGACCCGUAGAGUUCAUGUCCACCAGGAUGCCUUCAGAGAAGGUCCCGACAUCUACCUAUGAGAAGGAACUCUACGCUCUAAGGCAAGCGUUAGACCACUGGAAGCACUACUUGCUUGGGAGGCACUUCAAAGUCUAUUCUGACCAUGAAACGUUACGAUGGUUAAAGACGCAGGCCAAGAUGACACCUAAGCUUACUAGGUGGGCCGCAGAGAUAGAUCAGUACGACUUCGAGCUCAAGCCUGUCAAAGGGAAGUACAACGUAGUCGCGGAUGCUCUGAGUAGAAGGGCUGAUUACUUUGGGGCGAUAGUGCAUUAUCUUGAUAUAGGGAAGGACCUGCAGCAGAGGGUUAAAGAAGCGUACGCGCAGGAUCCUAUCUAUAGUGACCUCCUUAAGAAGGUCAAAGAGGCCCCAGAGACUGAGCCGAACUACCGCACUACUGAAGGAUUGCUAUUUGAGAAGACUAAUGUCUUUGACCGGUUGUGCAUUCCCAACAGCGAAGAGAUCCAUAGGGAGUCGGGAUGGGAAGGGAAGUCGUGGGAGGGAGGUCAAUGCAGGGUGGGAAGUCGGUAUGGGAAGGGGGGUCAGUCCACGGAGGGAAGUCGGGAUAGGAAGGGGGGUCGGGGGAGGGGAGUCGGGGAAUGGAGGUCGGCCACUCGGCGGAGGGAAGUCGGGGCAGGGAACUCGGACGACAGCCGCGAAGACUGCCGGCGGGUGAGGGCACGGCCUGCGGGACAAGCGGGAGGAGGAAGGGGGGAAGAGCAGGAGGAGCAGCGGGAGGAGGAGGAGAAGAGCUGUCAGGGCAGGGAGGUCGCAAUCGGGGGAAGUAGAGGUUGGGAUGGAGAAAUGGGAUCAGAGAGGGAAGUCGGGAUCGGGGGACAGAGGUGGGGAUCGAUGAGGGGAAGUGGCGAGAAGGAAGCCGGGAUGGGGAGGGAAGUUGCCGGACGGAGGUCGGGGGAGGGAGGUCCGAGGAGGGAGUCGGGAUCGGGGGAGAGAAAUGGGGAUCGGUGGAGGGAAGCCGGGAUCGGGGAAGAGGUGGGGACUGAUGGAGGAAAGUCGGGAUUGGGGACAGAGGUGGAUAUCGAUGGAGGAAGUAGGGGGAGGGAUGCUGGGAUGUGGAAGGAAGUCAACAAACGGAGCUCGGGGGAGGCAGGUCUGCGGAGGGGGAUUGGAGUAGGGACGUUGGAAUAGGGACGUCGGAGUAGGGACGUCGGGGGAGGCAAGGGAGUCGGGAUGGGAAGGGAAGUCGCGGGAGGGAGGGAGGUGCAGGGUGGGAAGUCGGGAUGGGAAGGGGGGUCAGUCCACGGAGGGAAGUCAGGAUGGGAAGGGGGUUGGGGGAGGGCAGUCGGGGAAUGGAGGUCAGCCACUAGGCGGAGGGAAAUCGGGCAGCAGCAGGUACGGGUACAUUGCAAAGAUGGAGUCCAGCUGAUGGCUGGGGUGUUUCGCAAAAUGUUUUUGUCGUCAUCCUACGCUGCGGCGGGUCCACUUGUAAUAAUAAUAAUUGCAAGGCAGUCUGCCAACUGCCUACGGGUCGGCCCGACUGGUAGGCGCCGGCGGUAGGCGCUAAAACUACCCCGGUGCACACACACACACACACACACACACACACACACACACACACACACACACACACAGGUGAAAGUCCAACAAAACAGUCUGGCACAG